ACGGGGCAACCCCCAAAUCCCGGUCUGGUCUGUUUGAUCUGCUUCGCCAGUGCUCCCGGUAGUCUCGCGAUGUUGCACGUCUGGGUUUAGAAACUAUCCUCUUUUAAGGUGGAAAGCGGAAGUAAAGUCCGACAUUUUGAAAAGGUGGGAGGUAAGAGAGCUGGAGAUUCGGGAUUUGAGCCUUUCGGGGGAACCGAAAUGGACUCGGAUUCAGAAGUGGAGAGGAUCCUACAGGUGAGCCAGAACCAGGAGAGACCUCCCUCCAGCUAUGGCUCCAUGAAGAGCGAUGAGGAGGAAGAGGACGAGAACAUCACAGAGGCUCAGCGCUCAUCUUGCAAAUCGGAACUACCCACCUUCACUACACACACACGGGUCCAGCUGAACCGCAACGUGUCUCCAGAGACGGUCUUCACUGAGAUCACACAGCAGCAGUCUGUCAGCGAGCAUCCCCAAGAGGGAACCUUUGUCACAGAGAGGCUACACACACACACAUGUGUGGAGGAGGAAGAAAGGGAUGAACACAGCCCCAUCCAGGUAGACUACCCUGAGCCCCUGCCCCCCGUCAAGCCUGAGGACGAAUCACAGGAAGAGGUUGAUGAAGAGCAACAGCCAGGCAAGCUGCACCCUGAAUUUGACCUGCCCUACAUAUUCAAGUCCAUGCAGAAUUCUCUGACAUCCCUGGGUGGUCCUGAGUUACACCUGUUUAAGCGCUAUCUAUGUGGGCGCCACCCCUCCUUCACCAUGACUGACCUGGAGGAGAGCGAUACGCUGGACAUAGUGGAUAAGAUGCUGGAGCGCUUCGGUAAACUGCAAGGCCUGCGGGUGGCGAUCCGCAUGCUGGAGAGCAUGAAGAAACCUGAGCUGGCCCAGGAACUGGAGAAGAAGUGCAAGAGAGCUGUGAUCCAGUAUGAGUUGAAGUGUGGUCUGAUCCGGCGACACAACUGUAUCUUUGAGGGUGUACCCCGGGCGGGCCAGCAUCUAUACCUGAAGUACGUCUACGUUGAACCCCAAAUCUCCACCCAAGGUCAUGGCGGGGUCAAUCCCUUGCACGAGGUCCGGUCCGAUCCCCCCAACCCUCCCCAGGUUGCCUCCCCAGACAGCAUGAUUGGUGGGAAUAACAUUUUCCGUCUCCGGUCCCUGAAUGGGUCUCCAGUACGAUGUGUUCUGACCACGGGGCUGCCCGGAAUCGGAAACUCUGUGGCGGUCCAGAAGUUCAUGCUGGAUUGGGCAGAGGAUCGGGCUAAUUUCGACAUUCAGUUUGUGUUCCCGUUUCCGUUCCGGGAGAUGCAGUCGCUGAGGGAGCGGAACAUAGUUGAGAAGAAGGACAUCAGUAUGUUGGAGCUGCUGCAGACGUACCACAAUGAGACACGCUCCAUGGACUUUCUGGAGCAGCCAGACUGCAAGGUGCUGUUUGUCAUGGACGGGAUCGACAUCUACAAGAAACAUCUCGAUUUCAAGAACACUCCUGUUGUGACUGACAUCAAGGCUGUUAUUCCCCUGGACUCCCUGUUGGUAAAUCUGAUCCGAGGCUCUCUGCUGCCGCACGCCCUCUUGUGGCUGACUGGGAGACGUGCAGCUACCAAUCAGAUACCUCCUGAGUACAUCCACCGUGUCACUGAGAUACAGGGUUACAGUGACGAGCAGAAGGAUGACUAUCUGACCCUGCGUUACUCAGACAAGUCUCUGGCUGCUAAGAUCAUCAGACACACCAAGAAGUCCCCCACCAUCUACACCCUGUGUCAUAUUCCCUUCUGCUGCUGGAUGGUUGCCAUGGUGUAUGAGAGGGGUUUCCGUAACUACGAUGACUACGGAGACCAGCCCCCCAAGAUUACGUCCUUCUUCAUCCACUACAUGAUCAUCCAGAACAACCGCAAGCUGGAGAAAUACCACGGGCAAAACCCCAACUCACAGAGAUGGACGGACAUGGACAAGGUGUUCAUGUUGAAUCUGGGUUGCCUGGCUCUGAAGCUGUUGGACAAUAACCGCUCUGUGUUCUAUGAAGAGGACCUGUAUGAGCACAGUCUGGUGGUGAGGGAGGUGGCCUGGUGUUCGGGCCUGUGUACUGAGCUUCCCAGGGCGAAUGCCGAAGACAAGCGGGUCUUCUGCUUCACACACCUGAGCUUCCUGGAGUUCAUGGCUGCACAUUAUGUUUGGCUCACCUUCCGUCUGGAGGAGCGGAACGUUCUAGACCAGUCCCACCACAUCUCCAAGCUGUUGAAGGAACACUCUCUGGUGGACAUGUACCGCAAAGCCAUUGACCGUUACCUCAGCGCUCCUGUCGGCCAGUACGACCUGUUCCUGCGCUUCCUGUGCGGUUUGUCCAUGACACUCAAUGACGGUUUGCUCCGAGGGAUGCUGUUCCCCCAUAACGCCCCUCCACUGAAAGGUCUGGAGGACGUGGGCAGGCUGCUGACCAAGAGGAAGGACAGUGCAGGGCCAGAGAGACAGGCCAACCUUAGCGAAUGCCUCCGGGAGCUCGAAACGUCUGAGGACUGAACAGUCUCCUGCUGUUAGCAAACAUGUUUGAUCAUUUGUCUCUGAUGCACUGAACUCUGUUUUGUAAAAUGAAAGGUAAUGCGACUGAAGUAUUGGUGUCGUCUCUGUGCCCCGCUGAAACCAAAACAAUGAACAUUCAGUGUGUCUCAUCCAACUAGCAGACAGACCGAGAGAAAGAGAAGGUAUAAAUCACAGAUGUGUCUUACCAGAAAGAGUCUGAACGAACUCUGUGACUGUGCUGAGUCUGUUAUAAGGACUAAUAUAUAACCCAUCAACUAGCAGUCAAGAUAAAGACCACGGUGCCUGUUAGACUUGUGUGACCAUACAGCCUGUUCAUCCUCUACUCAACAAGAUGACUCACUGGAGGACGGAUGCAGACAGUAGUGACCCUAGUUGCAGAAUCUGUUAUGUAUUGCUUCUCCAUCACUGACACUAGCCAGCUAUACUUCUAGUUGUAGUACAAGAACAAUCAGGUAUUUAGUUAACAUUUUCAUUAUUCCUUUAAUUAACAAACUUGAUGGAAAGGGAGUGUUUAUAUGUUUACACAUUUAUGUGUGUUUAAAUUACAUGUCUGUGUGUUUUGUAGUUUGGGUAUUGGGGUGAAAGGUGUACAGUAGAGCUGGGAGAUAUGCAAAAACAUUAUCCAUAUCACAAUAACUGGCUGAAUUAUAAUGAUGAAUUGAACGAUGUUUAUUCACCUGCACCAGUUAUGUGUGUAGAUUACCCGUAGUAGGGCUGACUCUAAUCAGUCCACUGGUCCAUUGUUUGGUCCUUAGGCUGUUGGUCGACUGAGAUUGUUUUAGUUGAGCAGUAAAACGUAUAUAUUUUCACCUAUCUCAGUGAACUAGUCCAUUGCUGAGGCCUAGACCAAAAGCCAAUUUAUGCUUGAUUUGAAAUUGUGGUGGAGCCUCCAGAGGCCAAAUGGAGCUCUAUGCCACUUCACUAUGUCCCUCCCAAAUGUUGUACCAAUGUGGAGGAGCCUCCAGGGGCCAAAUGGAGCUCUAUGCCACUUCACUAUGUCCCUACCAAAUGUUGUACCAAUGUGGAGGAGCCUCCAGAGGCCAAAUGGAGCUCUAUGCCACUUCACUAUGUCCCUCCCAAAUGUUGUACCAAUGUGGUGGAGCCUCCAGAGGCCAAAUGGAGCUCUAUGCCACUUCACUAUGUCCCUCCCAAAUGUUGUACCAAUGUGGAGGAGCCUCCAGGGGCCAAAUGGAGCUCUAUGCCACUUCACUAUGUCCCUACCAAAUGUUGUACCAAUGUGGAGGAGCCUCCAGAGGCCAAAUGGAGCUCUAUGCCACUUCACUAUGUCCCUCCCAAAUGUUGUACCAAUGUGGAGGGCUCUGUAUAGCUCCACGGUAGGUGAGGGUGGUACAUCCUGUAUAAACACACUAACCUUGACAACAGCUCUGCACUGCUCCGUAAGGAGUAUGAAUGCCCUGACUUCUGCUGAGGUCCUUCUUGCCCUGACUUCUGCUGAGGUCCUUCUUGCCCUGACUUCUGCUGAGGUCCUUCUUGCCCUGACUUCUGCUGAGGUCCUUCUUGCCCUGACUUCUGCUGAGGUCCUUCUUGCCCUGACUUCUGCUGAGGUCCUUCUUGCCCUGACUUCUGCUGAGGUCCUUCUUGCCCUGACUUCUGCUGAGGUCCUUCUUGCCCUGACUUCUGCUGAGGUCCUUCUUGCCCUGACUUCUGCUGAGGUCCUUCUUGCCCUGACUUCUGCUGAGGUCCUUCUUGCCCUGACUUCUGCUGAGGUCCUUCUUGCCCUGACUUCUGCUGAGGUCCUUCUUGCCCCGACUUCUGCUGAGGUCCUUCUUGCCCUGACUUCUGCUGAGGUCCUUCUUGCCCUGACUUCUGCUGAGGUCCUUCUUGCCCUGACUUCUGCUGAGGUCCUUCUUGCCCCGACUUCUACUGAGGUCCUUCUUGCCCCGACUUCUGCUGAGGUCCUUCUUGCCCCGACUUCUGCUGAGGUCGUUCUUGCCCUGACUUCUACUGAGGUCGUUCUUGCCCUGACUUCUGCUGAGGUCCUUCUUGCCCUGACUUCUGCUGAGGUCCUUCUUGCCCUGACUUCUGCUGAGGCCGUUCUUGCCCUGACUUCUGCUGAGGCCGUUCUUGCCCUGACUUCUACUGAGGUCCUUCUUGCCCUGACUUCUGCUGAGGCCGUAUCACCGUAAAUGCUGCAUGGCCAAUGCAAACGUCAGAUUGACCAUGCACCCAGAUGCACAAUGCACUUCUCCAUCCAGAAUGCACUUCUCUCCCGCCUAUUGGUGCACAUUUGCUUCAUUGUGUGAGUUGUUAGUGUAUAUCACUUCCCCAUAUCACCAGUAGUAUGUUUACCGUUAAUUCAUAUGAUUUCUAAUCCACAAUGUUUGUUACUUUGGUUACAAGUUCGAAUCCCCGAGCUGACGAGGUACAAAUCUGUCGUUCUGCCCCUGAACAGGCAGUUAACCCACUGUUCCUAGGCCGUCAUUGAAAAUAAGAAUUUGUUCUUAACUGACUUGCCUAGUAAAAUAAAGGUAAACUAAAAUUUUAACAAUUAAAAUCUGGUAUUUUAUUUGAAUCCAUUGAGUAUUAUUCCGCUAGUCCUGUUCUCAUUGUCUGAGUGGACACAGUUUGCAGAGUGCACAACCUAUGCUACACUUGUGAGAAUUUUUUGGGGGUUUAUCUCAGUCCAUUUAUGAGUUUUGUCAAUUUAAUUUUGUUAUUGUCUUUCCUUUGGAGCGCUCCUGUCAAUGUUGAGUAAGGACGGGCACGUGUAGAAGUAGGCCUAUAGGCUAUGUGGCCUGAUUUACACAUAGAAGUAGGCCUAUAGACUACGUGGCCUGCGCGCAAAUGUAGGCAUAUAAAUGUCCUCAUUUGGGGAUCUGAUAGUAUUUCUGAUUGGCUUAAUGCACCACCACUAAUGACCUGUGGAGCUUCUCAAAGUGAUGUUUUCUUCACCUCAAACAAAUUCUGUAUUUACAUACAUUGACAAUUACAAUAGUUCCUCAAUGUAUUUGAAAAAUCUUUCCAGCUCUGGCCCUUUCGAUAACCACUCACCGUGACAGGGAAAAUGCUCUGAUCCAGUGGGAAUGUCAUAAAAUAAGCUUCUCAUCAGUGCUUGACUUGGACUGAAAUAGGUUCCGGUAGUCAUUUUGGGUGUCAGUACUGUUUAUAUUUAGGUGCAGGAGCUCCACAAUACUUUUGAGCUGAUAUUUAUUAAGAGGAACAGGAGCUCAAGUAGUAGAACAUUUGAGGUAAGCUCCUGCCCAAGUCAAGCACUGCUUCUUAUCCCUUGAGCAAAUAGCCUACAGCUGUGUCUGUCCCAAGCUCGCUAGUGCAAGCUUUGGGCCAGACCCAUUAAUUGUAUCAAUGUUUAAAGUUUUUUGCAGACAGGCCAUGUGUAGCCAAAGUGAUUUAUAGGAUUUUUAACAUUUUAAAUCAGGAUAUUUUCUACCUGCAGGUUGCAAUGUUUUUAUUUGUUGGCUUUAUGCAGGCUAUUUUUGCAUUGUUGGAAAUGGCAAUUGACGUUUCUUUUUAGGUUUAUCAUUUAGAUAUGGAUGAAAUUUGUUAACCACAUGACAAUGAUUUUGUGAUAAGACCUUAUAAAUUAAAUGAAACCAUUCCACGUAAA